GAUCAAUCCCAGAUUCCUUUGCUGAGCUGCUAUAUCCUCACCCAUAUUGAAUGCAUAGUCUCACUUAUGAUUUCUUCUUCUGUGAACACUUGAUACAAAUUUAGAUUUAUGCCUCAUCUCAAAUUUAAUGCAGAGACUUAAAAUGAAGUAUUGUGAGGAACACAGGGCUGGAAAGGACAGCCUAGGUCAUUGAGCCUAGUCAUUUGAUGCUGAAGACACCAGGCACCGUACAAUCCUGUUCAUCUUAAAAGCAGCUUUACAUGUGGUACACAUGAAAAUGAGGCUGAGAACGCGGAAAGCUUCUCAGCAGUCGAAUCAAAUUCACACACAACGUGCUUUGAGGGCAAAGAGGAAACAUUCGGAGGUGGAAGAGAGCUUACCUGUUGGCGGAGGAAGACCACAGAAAAAUGAAACUGGCUUGUUGUCUUCAAUCAAAAAGUUUAUUAAAGGAAGCACACCCAAGGAAGAAAGAGAAAAUCCUGCAAAAAGAAGUAGAAUUGAACGGGAUAUAGAUAACAACUUGAUUACAUCCACACCUCAAACAGGAGAAAAGCCUAAUAAACAGAUCUCUCGAGUACGACGGAAAAGUCAAAUGAAUGGAGAAGCUGGAAGUUACGAAAUGACAAACCAACAUGUAAAGCAAAAUGGAAAAUUAGAAGAUAAUCCCACCACUGGUAGCCCCCCACGAACUACACUACUGGGAACCAUAUUUUCUCCCGUUUUCAAUUUUUUUUCACCAGCAAAUAAAAAUGGAACGUCAGGAUCAGAUUCGCCAGGACAAGCUGUCGAAGCUGAAGAAAUAGUCAAACAGCUUGAUAUGGAACAGGUAGAUGAGAUUACUACAAGUACUGCAACAUCAACCAACGGAGCAGCUUACACUAGCCAAGCAGUGCAGGUCAGGUCUACGGUCAACAAUGGUUUGGAAGAAGUGGAGGAAACAACCGACCGUGACCUGCCACCACUUACAGCACCAGUAUCUCCAGACAGUGGCUACUCAUCAGCUCAUGCGGAAGCCACCUAUGAAGAAGACUGGGAAGUCUUUGAUCCAUAUUAUUUCAUCAAACAUGUUCCACCACUAACAGAAGAACAACUUAACAGGAAGCCAGCUCUUCCACUGAAAACGAGAAGCACACCAGAAUUCUCAUUAGUUCUAGACUUGGAUGAAACAUUAGUGCACUGUAGUCUAAAUGAACUAGAAGAUGCUGCACUCACUUUCCCAGUUCUCUUUCAAGAUGUCAUUUACCAGGUUUAUGUCCGGUUAAGGCCAUUCUUCCGAGAAUUCCUGGAACGUAUGUCUCAGAUUUAUGAGAUCAUUCUUUUUACUGCUUCUAAGAAGGUGUAUGCAGACAAGUUGUUGAACAUACUAGACCCUAAAAAGCAGCUGGUCAGGCAUCGACUUUUCCGUGAGCAUUGUGUUUGUGUACAAGGAAAUUACAUAAAGGAUUUAAACAUUCUCGGUAGAGAUCUUUCCAAAACGAUCAUAAUUGACAAUUCACCGCAAGCCUUUGCGUACCAGCUUUCAAAUGGAAUUCCUAUAGAAAGCUGGUUCAUGGACAAAAAUGACAACGAACUCCUAAAAUUGAUUCCAUUUCUGGAGAAACUUGUAGAGCUGAACGAAGAUGUCCGACCUCACAUCAGAGACAGAUUUCGCUUGCAUGACUUGCUACCCCCAGAUUAAAGCCUUUCGUCCCAGUACUGAAGGGGGAGAAAAUGCAGGACCCUUUUGGACUAAAACAAAACAUUGCCAUUACUGUUGAAAUUUUGCAUUUUUGUACCCCGUCUUGCUUUUCUUAUCUUUGGUGCCCAACAAUAAUCAAGGGUUACAGAAAGAGACUUUCUACACCUGAGAUCGAAUCCAUUCAGUACAAUACAGUACACCGCGGUAGGUAGGCUAGAACAGAAGAGUCUUUAGAACUAGUGCAACUCCGAUGAAAUUUUUUUAUGUACAGGACAUCUGCAGUUUAUAAAGAAUUCUGUUUCUGCCACCAGCAGUUUGACCUGUAGAAACACAGGAUUUUAUGAUAUAACAGAGAUUGAAAAUGGACUCUUGUUUUCUCUCUGUUCGGUGCUCUAAGUGGGUUUGUAGCCACUUUUCUGUUACUUUUAAGAUUCUCAUUUCAACAGGAAUGGCCAGUAAAAGUUGUUUUAUUUUUCCUGUUAAGGUUUAUAACCUUUUUACAUUUUUGACCUGUAUUAGAUUAGAGUUUCAUUAUGCAUUCCUUUUAGUUGAGGCGCUUCAUAGCUUUUCUGGAAAUAGCCAAAUUUUCUUAGUUUUUUAUUAAACAGUUGGAUGGCCGUUUUCCUGCUUCGUCUGCCUGCAUACUGUAUAUUUGUUUAAAAAUAUUCUCUAGUUUUAGCCCACGUAAGUUUCAUUUAGAAAGAAAACCCCUGCAUUUAUAUUUUCUUUCUGUAAUAUUCUACUGUAGUUGAAAUCUUUUCAAAAAUCAAGAGACUGGCUAGAUAAGAAGAAUAUAAGAAUUACUAAUAUUCAGAAUAUUUUAAACCAUUGUGAUGGCAUGUACUCGGACAGACGAUAUCUUGCAGUGGCACAACCAACUGACGGACAAGGAAUACCUCAGACUGUGCUGUGCGUGCAGGUCUUGAAAGGAGAACUAGUCUGGUCACCUGUUAGGUUCGAUGCAAUUCAGUUACCGCUGCCUUCUGUUCCCUCCAAGACGGAAGCGUUCUUUCUGCACAGUGGCUCAGUGUUUUCAGAUGUUUUGCAUGGGCUGGUGGUCCCUCUGUGGCACUCGGCGUUACAAUCAGUUCUAAGCUCCGCGUGACAGCGCAGGCCCCUGGCAGUAACUAUGCACAAUCCUGUGGUACAGUACACUCCGCGCCACCGACGCAGCCAGCCUGCUAUCAUAGUGGUUUUCUAUGCUAUAUGGAAAUAGUCUUUCAGCCUUGGCUCUCUAAUGCAGCUACUACAGGAGGCUGAUAUUUUUAUAAUGGUGUGUAAUCUCCUUUUCAGGAGGCUUUUUAUGGAAGGUAUAAUUUGUAAAAGUUAGGAUGCUUUGCCUCUCGACUGCAUUAACACGCCACAGGCUCAGACUGUUUUUGUGUAAAAGAUGUCACAGAACGGCACUUUUUCUAAAGAGAAGUUUGAUAUUUUGUAUGCUUGUUAAGAAAGUACAGUAUUGGAAAUUAAAGGUGGACAACUGAUAAUUGAGAAGUAUGUCAAUUAAUUUUUUAUGUAUAUUACCUGUUUACUUGUACAAUUUUAUUGUACAAAUUACAUGCAGCUUCAUUUUCAAAUGAGUCCUUAAAAUAAGGAAAAUCUUUUUAGGAAAACAUUUAAUUUUUGUAUUUUUGAUUUUAAAAGGCAUGAGUUAUGUCAACUUUUUCCAGUGUAUUAAUGAAGAUUUUAACUUUUCAUCAGGUUGAGUGUUUUCUUACUAUAUUAUCUGUUGUGUAUGUAGCUAGCACAUUGUGUCACUGAACUGUUUAAAGAAAUUAGCAUGUAGAGCAAGCCUGUUUUGUGGAAAAUCCUUAUUCAUUAAAAAAAAAAAAAAGAAAAAAAAUCAUCAUGGCAGAUUUUCUGCAAAAAAGUGAAAACAUUUGCAAUUCAGAAUACUGAUUUUUUUUGUAUUUAAAGAAAGGUAUUUUGCUUGCAGGAAAGAAAUACUACAGAUUCAUUUUAAUGAGAAUCUUUUAAAUGUAUUUAUCUUUAGGGCAUCUGGGCAUCUUUACGCUGUUUGUCUUAUGUCUUUAUUGAAAUAAAAUGUACAUAACAUUACCUUUA